UUGCAUUGUUGUUUCUUGCUGCUUCAUGUCCUUCGCAGCGGUCUUUAGUGGUUUGCCAUUUUUUUCAAGCACGUUCGCAGGUUGUUAUCCAGCCUCCACAAUGGCGAAAGUAAGCAGAAUGCAUCGUCGAUGCGGUGUCCGGUCAAAAGCCAGAAAGAUGAUGGCAGUUUGUUUCGGCGUAGUCGUGCUCCUUGCCAGUGGAGCAGUUGUUGCAUACGAGAUGGGGGAGGGCUUGCUUCGUCGGUCUUUAAGUUCGGAGACUGCCCUGAAUUCAGUCGCAGCCUGCAAUUUGGGUACGGAAAACACCAUCGCAACUCCUGGAACGUUGACGUUGUCUGAAAGUUCCCUUAGCGCCACCGUGAGUUGUUUGGGGCAAGGCAACACAUUUGUACCAGCAGAUCUGAAGAAAGUCUGCGACGGACAGACGAUCGCCAGGGGAAACCAGAGCGACUCCACAAACUGCAUGGUUGGCUCAGUCGCAGCAGGUAAGACAGUUUCACUGCAACAGCUCCUCGGCGCAAAUCACGAGAUCCAAUGGUCUACAUCGCAAAAUACCGACACAACACAAGGAGGAGAAGUGCGGACUCUCAAACUAACCGUGUCAGACCUUCCUCGAACUGACAAAUCAUUCGUCGUCGGAUGCCAGAAGAAUGCUGAUACAAAUAAGUCAUGCAAAGUGACAGUUAACGUGAAUGCCAGGCCAUCAUCUGCUGACGACAAAAAUGUUGUCAGCUGCGCAUACGGUCAGGCUAGCAACGAGAAGGCCGUGGAGGUCGAGAUGUCAGAAGAAAAUAACACUCUCACCGUUGACUGUGGUAAAGACGGAUCGAUGCAGCCUACAGACUACACAACUCAGUACUGUGCACCCGACGGUGGAAAACUGGAAGAAUGCACAGAGAAGUACUCUGAUAUUCUGGACGGGUUCGACAGCAAAUGGUGGACGAAAACAGACGACAGUACCUCCGCUACUCUGACUAUCCCGAAGACAAACUUCCCCACUGAAGAAAAGCUUUUCCUCGUAGGGUGCACGCCAAAGUCCACAGCUUCCCACAAAGACGAAAAAGCGCCGAUUCUGCCUAAAUCAGAUGUCAAAGCAUCAUCUUGCCGUGUGCUUGUCACUGUCAAGGCGGCGAGCUCUGCCACCUCUGCAUUUACUCCGCAAGUAGUGGCAGCGACCACUGGAGUGGCUGCUCUAUCAGCGCUCCUCGCUGGUUCUGUGUAGAUUUCUUGGGUUGUUGAGUUAUCCAAAAAUUACAAUUUCCUUUCUUGUCCACAUCAAUCCGAGUGGCUAUGCGACUGUGGGGCGCGCGGUUCGUUUCACACGUUAUCGAUACAUCUCCCUGAGGUGUGUAUGUCCCUGCCUGCAAACAGAAUCUCGUGGUUUGUUUUGUUGCCGCUGGAAGUCAACUUGAUGUUGUUACGAAGACCAGGUGCCUCACGUCAUAUGCCAAUUGUGAACCCAAUCGCAUGUCUGCGGUUGACCGCAGUGAACGCUUCAUGUACUAAAUUGUU